GUGGGAAUGGCUGUUGGUGCGGUGGAGGGGGCUGGGCCGCUCGCAGCCAGCUGCAUGAGUUUGUAAUGUCCGCCAUGUUGGCCAUGGCGUACUGAACCGGGGAGUAUCAGCGGAGCCUCGGAGAAAAAACGACCGACAGAGAGCGACCGAGACCCGGGCCCGCCCGGCUCAGCCAGCGCUGCUUCUCGGACCCGGCUCGACUUCGCACAGACUGGCCCAGAUUCAUCCAUGAGAACUCGAGGAAGAGCUGCCGUGAUUCCCAGCGGACCGAGUAGAUUUGUGCUGCGUCUUUUCUCCUAAUAAUCAUAAAAAAAUGAGUAAACUGUUUCGGGCGCGGGCGCUGGAUGCUAGCAAGCCCCUGCCCGUCUUCCGCUGCGAGGACUUGCCGGACUUGCAAGAAUAUGCCUCCAUCAACCGGGCAGUGCCGCAGAUGCCGACCGGGAUGGAGAAAGAGGAGGAAUCGGAGCACCAUCUCCAGCGGGCCAUUUCAGCACAUCAGGUAUAUGGCGAGAAACGGGACAACAUGGUUAUCCCCGUCCCCGAGGCAGAGUGCAACAUCACACACUACGAGUCCCUUUACCCCGGGGAGUUCAAGAUGCCAAAGCAGCUUAUUCACAUACAGCCUUUCAGUUUGGAUGCAGAACAGCCAGACUAUGACCUAGAUUCAGAGGAUGAAACGUUUGUGAAUAAGCUGAAGAAGAAAAUGGAAAUUACCAACCUGCAAUUUGAAGAGAUGAUUGAUCGAUUAGAGAAAGGCAGCGGACAGCAGCUUGUCAGUCUUCAGGAGGCCAAACUGCUGCUGAAGGAGGAUGACGAGCUCAUAAAGGAGGUGUUUGACUACUGGAGCCGCAAGAGGAAAACCUACAAAGGUGGCUCCCUCAUCCCCAACGUCAAACAGGAGAAAAGGGAUGGCUCCAGCACCAGCGACCCCUAUGUGGCCUUCCGCCGACGGACGGAGAAGAUGCAGACCAGGAAGAAUCGAAAGAAUGACGAGGCUUCAUAUGAGAAGAUGUUGAAGCUGCGCAGAGACCUGAGCCGAGCAGUCACCAUUCUUGAGAUGAUCAAGAGGAGGGAGAAAAGCAAGAGGGAACUGCUGCACCUCACGCUGGAAAUUGUAGAAAAACGGAAUGCAAUGCCAGACUUUGGCAGUGAGGUGAUGGCAGAGGUGCUGGCGCAGCGAGCCCUGGUGAAACCUGUCUACACCAUUCCCAUCAUUCCCUUGUCCAGCAGCAACCAGUACAGACACCAGGACCACUUGGACAUGAAGGACCACAAGAAACCGGAGAAGAUGGAGGCAGUGCGAACCAAAAGGAAAUAUGAAAAGAAACCUAAGAUCCCCCCUCUGUCAGCGCCUCAACAUUCAGGGCCUUCUGUGUUCAAUCCCAAGGACCUCAACCAGUAUGAUUUUCCCAGUUCGGAUGAAGAACCAUACUCACAGAUUCAUUCAGGUUCCUCAGAUGCAGAGGAAGAAAAUGAUCCAGAUGGCUGCUAUGCGUUUAGGAGGAAGGCUGGUUGUCAGUACUACUCUCCUCGUCCAAACCAGUGUGGCAGCUGGCCCUGGGAAAGCCCAUCAGAUGGCGGGCUUGGUGAACCACGCUUCCGCUACUGUUUAACCUCACUGAACGUACCACGGCGCUGUGUAGGUUUGGCGCGGCGCCGUGUGGGCAGAGGAGGCAGGAUGUUGUUGGACAGAGCGCACACAGGACUAGACGGCAUCUGUCCAAGCCUGGACUCUGACCCGGAGCCUGAAUCACUCGCCUCAUCGCUUCCAAGCUCUCCUCUCCGCAACUCCAACACCAGUACCUCAGAAACCAAUACCUCGAACCCAACCACCUUCGCCGACCCUUCCUCUUUAUCGCACUUGUCAUCGUCAUCACCGACACCUGUGGGCCUCUGUCAGAUUCUUUUGAACAUUAAAUCUUGCCGCUGGAGGCACUUUAGACCACGAACGCUAUCUCAUAACCCUUUGGGUGGGGGAGACUUGUCUCGCAGAGGAUAUAAGGAUUUAAGUCGGACAGUGUCAGGAAUAACCCGGACUGUCGUUAAAGGGGGCAGGUCUCAGAACCGCACUGGCCCAGCCCACGCACCUGUCAAUGUGUUCACUGCAGAGCAGUACCGGCAACACCAGGAACAGCUGGCGCUCAUGCAGAAACAGCAGCUAGAGCAGAGCCAGCAGCAAGCCAACAGCUGUGCUUCUGCAACCAGCAUUCAGACAGUUGUGUCCAAAACAUUGGAUCAGGCCAGCGCCCAGUUUGCUGCUUCAGCCCUCGUCACCACAGACCAACUGCUGGCCUUUAAGUCCAAAGAGGAGCUGGUGCUUCCCAGUGGAGUCAACGGGGUCCUGGCAGGUGCAGGUGUCUUUAAAGGCUUGCAUCUCUCCAGCACCUCCAGUCCUUCACCAGACGCACCAGUCUGCACACAGUACCAACCACCCCGACGUUUCCUCCAGCCUUCCUCCAACUCAGUCACUCCUUCCCCUGCCCCCACUAAUGCCAUCCCCCACCUCCCUUACCUCCACCCCCAGCGCUCAUGCGGCAGCAAGCGCUGGGGAUUCUGGGGUGCAGCGCUGCCAAUGCCACCCCCGCCACCACUCAGGUCCUCAUCGGGUAACAACAUUUGUCUGAGCGUGGCCAUGCCGAAAGUGUCUGGAGCAUCGUCCAUGGACAUGGGCUCAAGAGACUCUGUUGAGACAAAUCAACUGAAACAAGCUCCAAAUGUGUCAAAAAUGAUGUUUUUCACGUCGUGUGUCGUUGUGUCCACAGUGUUCACUGCAGAGCAGUACCGGCAACACCAGGAACAGCUGGCGCUCAUGCAGAAACAGCAGCUAGAGCAGAGCCAGCAGCAAGCCAACAGCUGUGCUUCUGCAACCAGCAUUCAGACAGUUGUGUCCAAAACAUUGGAUCAGGCCAGCGCCCAGUUUGCUGCUUCAGCCCUCGUCACCACAGACCAACUGCUGGCCUUUAAGUCCAAAGAGGAGCUGGUGCUUCCCAGUGGAGUCAACGGGGUCCUGGCAGGUGCAGGUGUCUUUAAAGGCUUGCAUCUCUCCAGCACCUCUCCAGUCCUUCACCAGACGCACCAGUCUGCACACAGUACCACCACCCCGACGUUCCUCCAGCCUUCCUCCAACUCAGUCACUCCUUCCCCUGCCCCCACUAAUGCCAUCCCCACCUCCCUUACCUCCACCCCCAGCGCUCAUGCGGCAGCAGCGCUGGGGAUUCUGGGGUGCAGCGCUGCCAAUGCCACCCCCGCCACCACUCAGGUCCUCAUCGGUAACAACAUUUGUCUGAGCGUGCCGUCAGCCGCUAGCCUAGCUGGACGCCACAUCCCCCGAACUCUCGGCACCGUACCACCCACUGCCUUAAAAUUGUCCGCCGCCACCAAUCUCCAGAUGCCGAAAGUGUCUGGAGCAUCGUCCAUGGACAUGGGCUCAAGGGAUAAUCGCGAAGAAGACAAGCCAGCACUGAACAGUAUAGCAGACAACACAGUGGCCAUGGAGGUGACGUAGUAGCGGCGCAUCGAGGGGUCCAGGCUUCAGGUGCUGUGCAUCGUAGCAUCGGGAAUGCAAAAGGGACAGCAGGACUCUUGACACAGCGACAAAGCGAGCAGCGCGCCCACAGAAACUGUGGGCGCAAUUCUCAUCUCUCAUACUUUUUAAAGUUUUUGUUAACGUUAAAAACUAAAAACAAACAAAAAAAAAAGUAAAAAGAUUUGACACCUGUAAAUGACUAUGGCAAAAUUAGUAUAUGUACAGUGACUACAUAUUUGUAAUAUCCCCUUGUAUAUAUUACUUGAACACAGAACUGUCCAUUUGUGAUGUUUUGCACUUGGGAGUUAAAGGAUUAAAAAAAA